AUGUCAAGCAAGCCAAGCCAAAAGAAAUCGAUCCAACCAGAGCCGGACAUCACAUACCACUGCAUCAAGUUUAUGUUGGUUGGUGUUGCAGCCACUGCUACUAUGCAUGAGAUAAAAGCAGGUGCAAAACAGGAGGACGUACAGAAAUUUCGAAGCGACUGUAAGAAUUUUCUUAUCGAAAGCAUCCUCCAAAUCAAGCAAAGAUUUGAUUUAGAAGCAGAAAUACAUGACAUUGUUUCAUGUAUUGCACCAGGGAAUGCGGCUGCUCGUGUCCCAUCGUCUUUGGUUCAAAUCAUCCAGAAGUUACCUUAUCUAAAUGAGAUCCUGGAUGCUGCGAAACUUUAUCUGGAAUGGAGAGAACAUGUUUUUGAAGAUGAUCUAAAACCUGAUCUUUAUUGGGAUGAAUAUUGGAAGAUUGUUAAAGAUGCCAAAACCCCUACAAGAGAGCCCAAGUAUCCAAAUCUCACCAAAUUUGUUGAAAUUCUUGCCUCGUUUCCAUUCUCCAACGCACCUGUCGAGAGAGUUUUUAGCAUACUGAAGCGAAUCAAAACCGAGCACCGCACAUCUCUAAAGUCGUCAUCAUUAGUGGCGUUACUUCAAUGUAGAAUGGCAAUGAAGAAUGACAAGCUAACGUCUGCGCGUUUGAAACCAAGCCAAAGAGCUUUGGAUCUUGCAGAUAAAAUGAAAGCAAGUGCCACUGAUGAAAAAGCCAAAGAGCUAAGAAAGAAAUUUCUUGACGAAUUAUUCAGUGAAGAGAACGUUUGA